AUGGUUUUACUAACUUUUUUGUUGUGUCUUUUCUUUUCCGUCAUCGCCCCUGCUCUGCAGCUGGAGCGGGUGUACAAGCGCAGCGAGCUGGGCCCGGCGCUGAGGACCGUCUCGGUGCGAGGCUUCAGCCUCCGCAGCUCCACCCUGGUCGUCUUCUUCCGGCUGCAGCUCGACCGGAGGAGGACCACGACGAUCGAGGUGGAGGAAGUGGCGCGCGGCAUCCUGGUGCAGGAGGCCACUGCCCUCAAGCCCAUCGCCUUCACCGACAUGCAGAUGGACGCCGAGCAGAUCGUCAUCAAGCGCCACGAGGACCACGACGAGGAGGUGGACGUCGAGCGCAGGAAUGUGACCGAGGCGACACAGCAGGGCCUGCAGACGUCGCCCGCGCGGCCUUCGCCGCCGCCCAGCCCGUCGACGGCCACCCUGUCCACCGUGACCACCCGUCCGCUCGUGCUGUCCACCUCGCACAGGGGGCAGCAGCGGCCCGGCCGCCCCACGACAACCACGACGACGACGACGACGACCACCACGUCGACGACCUCCACGACAGCUGCACCCGUGCCGACGUCGUCCUGGGAGGACGUGACUCUCACGUUCACCGGCAUCGGCCAGCCGGUUACUGAAGUCGCGAGUCGGAACCGCGUUGGCGUACACGUGGAGGCUAUAGAGGACCCCACCACCUUCCCACCCACCACCUCGACGGAGCCGGUGCGACGAACAACGUCGCGGCUCAGGACGCCGCCGCAGACCGUAGCGCCGCCGCAUCCGACCGGCGUGGUGGAGCCCAUCGCCAAGGAGGACGUCGUCGUGGACCCCUGGAACGCGCCGUAUGGCGGCGCCGCGUCUCGCCGACCGCAGCCGGUGUCGCCCCCGCUCGCGGCACCCAGCAGCCCCGAGGACGAUGUCGACGACGACUCCCUGUCCUCCUGGAGGCCUGUUCGGCCCACGCACCAGCAGUACCACCUUGCCACAGCGGCCGCGGUGCCCAUUCUGCUGCCGACCGGCGGCGAGGACAUCGAGGAGGAUGUCGGGGCGGCCGUCGGCGUGGCCGAGGUGGUGGCCAUCCCGUCGUCGGCGCUCGAGGGCUCCGUGAACGUGACCCCUGGGGGCGGCUCCCUACCGGUGAUCCUGGAGGACACCCUGGCCGACACCCUGGCGGACGCACCGGCCUCGGACACGGCCGCAAUGCCACCGCCGGCCUCCUUCCUGGACCGCCUGAGCCUCAGCCCGUCCGAGGCGUUCCGCCAGGACCUGCUCCUGGAGCGCGACGGCUCCCGGACGCCCGUCAGCUCGUACGCUGGGGACACCGGCGUGCCAGUGGUGGCCGCCGUGACCAGCCACGUGUCGACCCACGUGCAGAGCGCGCCCAGCCCGGGGCCGCAGCGCCCGGGGGACACCAUCUCCAAGAUCUCCCUCAUCGUGUCCGGCGAGGAGGACGAGGACGAUCCCGAGACCAGCAUCCUGCAGACGGGCAGCGGUUCCAUCGUAAUCAAGGACGAGAACCGUGGUUCGAUCUUCACGACCUCGUCCUCCACUACGUCCACCUCCACGACCUCUACGACCUCCACGACUUCUACGACUUCCACGACAACCAGCACCACGCCGGCGCCUCCAGCCGCGGCCGACACGUCGACGGCCAGGCUGGAGGUGGGCAAGGCGGAGAUGCGGAACAGCAACAUCCGCAUGCCGGGGCUGUUCGCCCUGCCCGACUUCCCCCUGCUGCAGCAGUUCCCCAACCUCCUGUCCAUCAGGAAGACCGCGGAUCCGAGCGUCGAGCCUCUGUCCACGAUGUCGCCGGCGCCGGCGCCCCCUCAGUUACCGUCAAGCACAACAACGUCUACGACGACAACGACGGCGCAGCCCGCGCCACAAUCGUCGGAGGAGUCGGUGACGAUCGUGACCCUGCUGCCCGUGAGGUCCAACUCAGGGCUGAGGAGGCCACUCCGUCGGAAACCGCAGCUCCGCCCCAACUCACAGCAGCCGCAGGCCCCCAUCGCGCCUACCUUGGCGCCGUCGACGAACACCCCCGGACCGUCACCAACACCACCACCACCGCCGCCGCCGCCCCUAUCCAGCCAGCCGCCGCCACCACCACCGGUAAUGGAGACGGCCCCCACCCUCAGCGAGGUGCCUCCCCCGCCACCUCCCCCGCUCGCCGCUAACGCCUCCCGAAAGCAGGACGAGAACAGCGCAAAGAUCCUUUCCAGCAUCAAGCUGGUCCUCGAGUCGAGGCAGAGCCAUUACGCCAACGGCACCGCCAGCAACGGCAGCCGGCCCGCCCUGGCCGCCGCGGCGCACGUGGACAGGAUAACGCACUUCAUCAUCCCGCCGGAGGGUCCUGGACAAACUCAGCGCGUCAACGUGGCCACCAUCGAGAGGGUGACGACGGAGGCCACGCCGCCCACGACCAGCGAGCGCGCGGUCGUCAAGGAGGCCGUCAAGCAGAAGCAGUCCGCGCCGACCGCCGCCAGCCGCACGCCACCGCACCGCGGGGUGCCCAAGGGUGUGCCGAAGGGCAACAAGACGUCCACGCAGACCCGGCUGCACGCGCAGCAGGCGCAGCAGGCGCGGCCGGCCGCGGGGGCCGCGGGCCUCAAGCGCGCGCAGCAGAAGCAGCCCGCGCAGCAGCAGGCGCAGCGAGUGCCGCGGCCGCAGCAGACGAGCAGUCGCCUCAAGGAGACCGUGGUGCGCACCAACGUGCACGUCGGCCAGGGUGGCCAGGGCGGCCGGAGGGCCGGCGCCGUCGCACAGGUCGUGCGGCCGCCAGCCACAGCCGCGCCGCGCCCCGACCACGUCGCCAUGGAGAGGGUAGUGACCCUCCCCGCCAAGAAGGACGACGUGGAGCCGGUGCGGGUGGAGGGUGUGGCGGCCAAGGCCACUGCCAACCCCACCUCCGCCCCGGGGCCGUCUCCAGCAACAGAUUUGGCUACCAAGAGCACGGCGGCGCCUAGCCCCAGCACCACUCGGCAGGCCAGGAUGGCCCCCGUGCAAGAAGUGGAGGGGGCUUAUCCUAAGCCCGCGCUCUCAGAGGUGGACCUGACCUUACCGUACGCUGACGUGCACGACGGACUGGCUGACGGUCUAGAGAGCGUGAAUCGAUCUCGCAGAACGACAAGGACAGCCCUCGAUGAGGCCCCCAGGACGUCAUCCCCCGCGAGCCAAGACCCCGGCAGUGUAAGUGCCUAGGCCCUGCCGUAGUUAAUUAGUGACGCCCAGCGGGCCCAUAGCCAUCACCAGCCCCAAGUCAUUACCACUUAGUCAAUUCUUAUUUAUUUUUGUACAUUUAUAAAUCGAUAGUCCGCUGGCUUAGCGGGGUGUAAAUUUGUGUACAGUUUAUUCGAGCAGUGCUUUGUGGGCCAUUGAAAGAGCAGUAGAUUCCUGUCCCCACCCCAUCUUUUUCGAUACGACGGCACCUUGCCAGUUGGUACAAUGGAUGACGUACUUGCUUGCAGCUGCCGGGGGGCGGGGCUGGCGGGGAUGACGGGGGCGGUGCGCCCCUGGGGGCGGGGCCGGCGGGGCACGGGGACGAGGUGCGCGAUCAGAAGGCGGUAGUCACACCCAAGUCCACCGCUGUGUCGUCCGCCUCCCCGCCAAAGACCGCGAGCGCGGCGACCACAUCUUCACCCCCAAGAGGAACGACGGCUUGGAGUGCGGGCGACAAGCUGACCGGCGACAAGCCGACCGCCUCCACCAACGCCACGACUGACGUGAAGACUGCUUUCACCAAGCCGACCGCACCCAGCAAGCCAGUACUCACCGUCAAAACUAACACCAACUCCACCAGAUUGACUUCAAACGGGACCAAGCCACCAAGACCCGCUACUGGCACGUCGACGCCUUCGAACAAGCCCGCGCUCAACUCGACGAGAACCUCUGCAGCGAACGUUCCGCUCUCCACCGUGAAGCCUCUGGUGAAACCUCAGGUGAAACCUCUGGUGAAGCCUCAGGUGAAGCCUCAGGUGAAGCCUCAGUUGAAGCCUCCCGGUAACUCGACCCGACCCGCGCCGACUGCCACCAAACCAGCACUGAAACUGGCCGCCAACAUGACGGCCGCCGCGUCAAGGCCUGCCCCGGCCAGACCCGCCUCCUCUCCGACGAAACAGACCAGACCGACCACCUCGCUGACGACACCCUCCCCCAGUUCCAUAAAGCGACCCCCUUCCAAUUCCACGAGGCCCGCGAUCUCUCAAACCAAAGACGCGGUCGUCGCCACCAAAACUCCCGUGAAGACAUCCUCCGUUAAACCCGCGGCAACCUCGGGAAGGCCGCCCUCCAGGCCGACGAAGCCGACCGCCAGCCCACCCAAGGGCACCCCUCCCAGACCCUCCACCGCCACCACGACGACAGCCGCACCCUCUAUCGCCCCCUCCCCCUCCGCCGUGCGCCCCACCCCCUCCGCCGCGGGGCCCUCCCCUGUGGAGAGGACCGAGGCGCAGCGCAACCGCACGGCACAGCUCGUGGCCGCCAUCCGCGCCGCCGUCGGGCUCCCCGCCAAGUCGGUGUCCUCGUCCUCCACCAAGCUGGCCGCCAACGCGGUGGACCUGACGCUCCCGCACAAGGUGCUGCACAAGGCGCCCAACGCCACGGCCUCGACCACCACCACGUCCACCACCUCGUCCACGUCGCCGUACGGCGGCCUCGCGGAGCUCCUCGACGAGGUCCUCGGUGACGACGCCAACACGACAGAGUGCGGCGUGCGGUGCGGUGACGGCUCGUGCGUGGCCGCGGUGUCCCGCUGCAACCAGCUGCUGGACUGUCCGGACGGCGCGGACGAGCGCGCCUGCUCCUGCGCCGACUACCUCCGCGCCAAGUUCAUGCACCGCAAGCUGUGCGACGGCGUGGUGGACUGCUGGGACUACAGUGACGAGAGCAACUGCGACUGGUGCGAGCCCGGGCGCUACGUUUGCUCCGGCUCGCGAGUGUGCGUAGAGACCAUCAGGCUGUGCGACGGCCGGCGCGACUGCCCCUACGGCGACGACGAGAAGCAGUGCGUGUCCGUGGCGCCCGACACCGCCGCGGCCGACGACUUCGAAUACCAUAA